GGGUGUCGGGUUGGGCACGGGGGAGCGCUCUCUCCCCUCCGGCUUCAUACCAUAGUUAUGGCCGUUAUGCGGCUGCUUACGGCGGGCAGCGUCAGAUGGGGUCGCCUCGGCGCCCCCUCACAUCUGAAUUGUGAAAUAAAUGUUAGUCUCUUAAGGCGCGAGUGGGCCUCGUUUUUAUUCUCCUUCAAGCUAAGCGGCAUCUUGAUAGAAAGAUGCUAGACGGAGGUGGGGCCAGGGAGUCACAAAGAGGUUUGAUGCAAGACAAGAUGGCUGGCCGCGGAAAGCCAGUGAAGUGGCAUCUGUCAGACUACGGGCAGCCAAUUGCAAACCACCUCUGCUCGUCUCUUCCGGGAAAACGCCGGAUGUGGGCGCCUUAAGCCCUCGUCAAUUUAGUCCGCCUCCUUCCAGCUCUCGCGAGAGAUCGGAGCGCGCGGCAGUGGGGGGCGUGGCCCGUUGCCUUUAGCAACCACCGUAGCAACCGGUCUGCGGAGGACGCGUCGCUAGGGUUGCCUUCUCUUCGCGCUGCCCGUCUGUCUCCCGGCCACCCGACUCCCGACUUCCCGCCCGCCAUGCGCAAAGUGGACCAUGUGCCCGACCUGGCCGAGGCGGCGAAGCUGCAGCGGCGGCGUUUCAGAGAGCUGCAGCGGCAGAGCCGGGUGUUUGAUACCCGAACCCGGACAAUCGGGGUCGAUCUGGAAGGUCUAGAUACCCAAGUCAAAGAUAAAAGAAUUCAAGAUGCAACUCAAAGAGCAUGGGAUGAAUCAAUCGCUGGAGAAAUGAAGCAAAAUGACAAGAUCAUGUGCAUUUUAAGUCAGCGACAGAAAAAAGACACUGUAAAUCUAGAAAAAGCUAUCAAUGAGUUUCGCCAGAAUUAUCAGCAGCCAGAAACACGGCGUGAAUUUGAUUUGUCUGAUCCUCAAUCCCUAAAGAAAGAUGCACCUGCUCGUGUGGCAGACAGUGACCCUCGAUGUACAGUGUCCGGCUUGCAGAAAUUUAUGGGAGAAGAUCUAAACAGUGAGAAUAGGAAGAGAUUUCAGCAGGAGCAGACAAGGGAAUGGCUUCUGGAACAACAUAAAGACUGGACUAAUGCACUGGCAGAUCGAAAAUUUGCAGAUGGUCUGCAUGAUGUACACAGAUUGGAGCUUGACCGAAAGGCUAUGGAACUUCAGCGGAUAGAUGAAGAAACAAGACGAGCCAUUUGUGUCACCACUAAAGAAUUCAACAGAACACAGGCCAUUGAAUCUGUAGAAAAAAGGAAACUAGAAAAGCGGCAAGAACUAGAAGAUAACGUAGCUGAGAUUUCAAAUAUGCUGAAAGGAGACCUGCUAUCUGAAAAUCCACAGCAAGCUAUCAGCUCCUUUGCACCUAAUCGAGUGAUUACUGACCGAUGGAAAGGGAUGAGUCAAGAUCAGCUGAAAGAAAUACGAGACAUUCAGCUGCAACAAGUCCUGGAGAAGCUGAGGCUGGAGGAAGAGGAGCGUCAGAGGAAGGCAGAGUGGGACAGGCAACGCAUCCAGGCUGCCCGAGCAGAAUUGCUUUACGAGCGCCAUCAGCAACGCCAGAAUCGAGAGCUUCGGAGAGCCCUGGAUAACCAUAAUGCUCAGCUCUCCCAGGAUCAGAAAAUGAGGAGAGCUGCCCUCGAUGAAGAAGUAUAUGCCAAUUUUCCAUCUGGACAGUAUUACACACAGUUUAAUACAAUUAGCCGGUGAUGCUGGCACCAGUAUUCAUUUUUAGAUUUAUAUCUCUAGUGUUGCUUAUGGAAAUAUUUGAAGAAAGUAAACAUGUAACAGAGAGAUCAUAAUGUCAGCACAGUUUUUCUUGGCAAGUGAAAAUUUUGAAACUCUGGAGACCUUUUUAUUCUGUAAUGAACAACAGUUAUAGGGAUGCAGACUCGAACAAAAUCUGAAUCAGCUCAGAACUUAUGAAAAAGGCAUGGACAAUACAGCAAGCUGAGGAUUACAGGUCUGCCCUGACUUUUGUGUAUUUAGGUCCUAAGUGGUGGGCUGGGCAUGUAACACAGAAUGUGUCUUAUUUGAGUUCAUUUGAAUUGCUUAGUGUAUUAAAUGUACUUCUCUACAAGA